AUGCAGAUCAAAAACUUCGUCGUCGCUGCCUUGGCAGUUACUACUGCCGCAACUUCAAUCAACAGGGAACACACAGCUAUACGCCGCAACCUAACCGCCGCGGUUGUUCAAGAUGCGACCCAAGACUUGGCUGGCACAUCAUUCCUCAGCCCCGACGACGUUAUAAGGGGUCUCGAAAAGCUCACCGACAUUGCUGAUUCCAUGAUUGAUAUUGCUGGUGACUUUGUCAACUUGAAUGUAGUCAAGGUCGUGCCUGAUCUCAUCAAACUUGCCAAAGCUUUCGCCGAGGAAGUCACAACUAUCGCGAGCUUCUUUGGCAUUGGCGGUGGUGGCUCCGGCAAUGGAGGUCUCCUCGGCGGUAUCCUAGGAGGAGCAGGAGGCUUGUUCGGCGGCGGUAAUAAGGGAGGUGACAGCAAUGGCCAGAAACAGGAGGAAUUCUCUCAGGACAAGCAGCUUGAGAUUUGCAAACUUUUCCACAAGUUGGUUGUAACGGAAGAAAAGUUCUUCGACCUCUUUAUUGGCAAAGCUGGCGUCUUGGCCAAGAUUCCUAUUGUUGGGCAACUCGUCAUCCCGGCGUUGAAGAAGUUCGAAGAUGCCAUCAAUGGCGUUGCCAGAAAGAUUAUCAAGCUUGUGCCGACUUGUGCGGACGAUGCUAAGAAGGAUCUGGACAGGCUUCAGACCAAGCUUACUGAUGCUGAGAGCGCUUAUACUUUCAAGUAUGACUACACUUUUUCUACUGUCAAUCCUCAACCAACUGGGAGGUAA